GUGGGAAGGGGGUGCCCAGGGGUCCCCUCCCAGGGUGUGUGCGUAGCUGAGGCCUGGCAGAGCUGCUGCCUCGUCCCCUGGCACGGCGAUGUCCCCAGCUCGCCUGGUGGCUGCUCCCGGGCCUGGCCCUGGACAGAGAGCUCCCCUUUCCCUGGGGACGGGGAAGGUGGUGCUCGAGCUGAUGGCUUGUCUCGAUCCUCCCUUCUGACCCCACUGCGCUCCCUCUUUCCCUUUGCCUGUGGGGAUCUGGGACCGGGAGAGGAGGGAGAUGGGUUGCCGACGGCUCUGGGGAGGGGCUGAAGGAGGAAGAAAACCCGUGUUAAAUAUAUAACAGAGGCGUCUCCCUGUGGCUGACUGGGGGAGAGGGCUUUGCCCUGGGAACCAGUUCCUCCAGCUGCCAAGGUGGCCCGGGCCAGUGGGACAAGAGCCAAGGUUGGGGGUUGGACCCGGGGCGCUGGCGGAGGCUGGUGCCUGCGGGACGGAUAAGAGUCGGCUCCCUGCGCCGUGUCCGUUCCGGUGUGGAGCGACACGCCUGUGCUAAGGGUUUUACCCCCGGGGGCUGAUCCCCAGCGGGGUGCCGGGGGCAGGAUCCCCCCCCUCCCCACACCUCCCCACCCCAAACCCGGCCCGGCACCUCGCGCAGGCCCGCGCGGACGCGGUGUAACGCGGCGCCGGCCGUGGGCGUGACGGCGGGAGCGUCCUCCCUGGGGCGCGAGUUCCAGGCAGGACCGGCUGCGCCCGGCGCGAGCUGCGCGGGACCUUGGCGGGCUCCUGCUUCUUCUCCCCGCCCCGACCCCCGGCGUGUCUGGGUGUGGGGACGUCGCCGCCGCCAUGACGUGCUCCGCGGCCAGGACCAGCCUCGCCGGGGAGUCCGAGGGGUCCCCGCUGGACUGCAUCAUCUGCUUCACCCGCUACGACCGCGUCUUCAAGGUGCCCAAGGCGCUGGCGUGCGGGCACACCUUCUGCCUGGAGUGCCUGGCCCGGCUCAGCGUCACGGCCCCCGCCGCCGGCACCCUGCUCUGCCCCGUGUGCCGCCGGCCCACGGCUCUGCCCCGCCGCCGCGGCCUCCCCGCCUUGCCCACCCGCUCCGACCUGCUGGCCCUCCUGCCCGCCGACGUCCCCGCCGCCCCCGGCUCCGUCCGCUUCAGCCGCCCCAAGGGGCUGCUCUACGUCCGCCCCGCGCCCAAGUCGGGCCAGGUGCCCACGGUGGCCCUCAGCCUGGAGGUGGGGCGGCCCCAGCCCCGCAACCCGCCCCGGGGCCGCAGCUGGCCCUGGACCUCGGACCGGUGGCCGCUCUACAAAGCGGUGGCCUUGGCCGCCUCCUUGUUGGUGGUGGGGGGCUUGACGCUCUGCAGCGUCUUCCUCUUCUUCCUCCUGCCCGUGUCGUGCAAAGCCGGCGUCCCCGCUAGCAACAGCAGCUGCGACGCGCAGACCUGGGGUCCGCUGUACGGCGACCCCGAGGCCACCGUCACCCCUGCGGCGCACGGGGACCCCCGCACCACGGACGUUGCCCGUGGAGGAUGGUUCUCCAACGCCCUGGUGGGGCCAGCACCUCUCCAGCACUGAUGGGGCGGUGGGAUGUGUCCCCCCGGGCGCUUAUGGACUUGGAGCUUGUAGCU